AUGGACUCUCAGGCACUUCCAUACGACAACGAAGUGCCUACCUCCACUCCAGCACACAUGGAAGUUGACGAUACUCAGGAACCUCCUCGUCCACCACGUAGAGUCGGAUUCAACGUGGAAAACAUUGACAAGGUUGUCGACGAAGCAGGUGUUCUUGCCAUGCGCGAUUUUGAAGACUUUCUCGAAACAUUCAAAGAUCCAAAUGCAUCUUAUAUUGUUUCUGGAUCCCAAUGGAUGGGCCGUCCUUAUAUGAUGCAAAUCGAUCAGCUCAAGCUCACUCAGCUCAGCACUAUCUUUGUGGAUUUUAACCACAUCAAACAGUCAGCACCUUCGCUGGUAUUGGCUCUUAAGGAGCAAUAUUAUCGAUUCUUGCCUUUUUUACGCCGUGCGAUCCUAAAUGUUGUCCGUAAGCACUUUCCUGAUCAGACCUACGUCAAUACUACCUAUGGCGAUCAAGUAUCCGGUGCUAUUCUACGUGAAUUCUCAGUCGCAUUCUAUGGUGUACCUGACCUCGCGCGCGUCCGACAAUUGAGAACUGAUAAGAUUGGUCAACUUAUCAGUGUUAGUGGUACUGUAACCCGAACAACCGAAGUACGUCCCGAAUUGACCUAUGCUUCAUUCACUUGUAAUGAGUGCAACAAGGUUAUGAAUGAUGUCGAACAACAGUUCCGAUACACCGAGCCUGCUAUGUGUCAAGGAUCCCAGUGCUUCAAUCGUCAACACUGGACUCUUAAUGUUGAACAGUCCAAGUUUGUUGAUUGGCAAAAGAUUCGUAUCCAAGAAAAUGCAAAUGAGAUCCCUACUGGCAGUAUGCCCAGAAGCUUGGAUGUUAUUGUGCGUAAUGAGAUGGUUGAACGCGCCAAGGCUGGUGACAAGUGUAUCUUUACUGGAACUCUAAUCGUUGUUCCAGACGUGGCUGCUUUUAGAACUCCAGGUACUUCUGUUGAAACACAGCGUGACAACACUACUCGAUCCAAAGAAGGGCUGGCAAAAGAAGGUGUAACUGGACUGAAGGCUCUCGGUGUACGCGAUUUGACAUAUCGUAUGGCUUUCUUAGCCUGCAUGGUUCAGCCUGCUACUACGAGCAAAGUAUCUUCAUCUAAUUUGCAGGGCGAUGAUGGAGGUGAAGAAACUGGUCUUCAGGUCCUUGAAGAUUAUACUCCAGAGGAAGUUGACCAGAUCAAGAAUAUGAUUGAUAUGGAAUCUGCUAUUUACCCUAAGCUUGUUAGCAGCAUUGCUCCUAAUGUAUUCGGUCAUGAUACUGUUAAAAAGGGUAUUUUGCUCCAGUUAAUGGGUGGUGUACAUAAAGUUACACCCGAAGGAAUGAACUUACGUGGUGAUAUCAACGUGUGCGUUGUCGGUGACCCAAGUACCAGCAAGAGUCAGUUUCUCAAGUAUGUUUGUGGUUUUAUGCCCCGCGCAGUUUAUACCUCUGGAAAGGCUUCUAGUGCUGCUGGUUUGACUGCAUCUGUCAUUAAGGAUGAAGAGACUGGUGAAUUUUCUAUUGAGGCUGGUGCUCUGAUGUUGGCAGAUAAUGGUAUUUGUGCUAUUGAUGAGUUUGACAAGAUGGACUUGAAGGAUCAGGUCGCUAUUCACGAAGCUAUGGAACAGCAAACUAUUUCGAUUGCUAAGGCUGGUAUUCAAGCCAGUUUAAAUGCCCGAACUAGUAUCCUGGCUGCUGCUAACCCAGUUGGCGGUCGUUACAAUAAGAAGAUGACACUCAAGCAAAACAUCAACAUGUCAGCUCCUAUCAUGUCUCGUUUCGAUUUGUUCUUUGUUGUCUUGGAUGAAUGCAAUGAAAUUACCGAUUACAACAUCGCCCGUCAUAUUGUCAGUGUUCAUCGCCUUAAGGAUGACUAUAUUACCCCUGAAUUUGGUACAGAAGAGUUACAACGUUACAUUCGAUAUGCCAGAACAUUCAAGCCCAAGAUGACACCUGAAGCAGCCAGCAAGUUAGCCGAUUGCUACCGUGAUCUUCGCCAAGGUGAUGCUCAGGGCAUCAGUCGCAACUCUUACCGUAUUACAGUGCGUCAGUUGGAAAGUAUGAUCCGUCUUUCAGAAGCAAUUGCACGUACAUACUGCACUGAUAUUAUCACGGCUGGCUUUGUGGAAGAGGCUUAUGGAUUGUUGCAAAAAUCUAUUAUCCGCGUACAGCAAGAUGAUGUAGAGAUUGACAAUGAGGAAACCCCAGAAGAAAUUAUGCGUAGUGCAGAGGCAUUGCGUGGCAUGAGCAGUCUUCGCAUUCAGGACGAAAACGACUCUGCACCUUCAGAAUCAAUGCAGGUCGAAAGCCAGCAGAGUCAACCUAGAAUCCGUAUUGAUUACGAGAAAUAUGAGCAGAUCAAAUUGCUCUUGGCUCACAAACUUCGAUUGGUACAAAAGGAAGCCUCUGAGAAUGAUCAAGAACCUGGCCUGCGCUUUAAUGACUUGGUUAUGUGGUACCUUGAACAACAAGAAGAUAAGCUUAAUUCUCCAGAAGAAUUUGAGUCAGAGAAGAUCAUUGUUGAGAAAAUUAUCAAGAGACUUGUCAAGACGGUAGGUUUACAUUUUUAG